CCACUUUUAACCUAAUUUCAUUCAUUACCUUUCCAAUAUUCUACAUGGCAAAGAUAUACCUCACAUCACUUCGUCUUCUCGCUGCGCUAAUAACGUUGCUCGUCGUGAGAUCAAAUGCAGGAAGGAUAGCAAUAUACUGGGGCCAGAACGGCAAUGAGGGAACUCUAGCCGAUACCUGCGCGACAGGAAAUUACAAGUACGUGAACAUCGCCUUCCUCCCGACCUUCGGCAAUGGGCAAACUCCGAUGAUCAACCUGGCCGGCCAUUGCGACCCCAGCUCCGUCAACGGCUGCACCGCGUUAAGCCACGACAUCCGCUCGUGCCAGAGCCGUGGUGUGAAGGUGAUGCUCUCGAUUGGGGGCGGCGCGGGUAGUUACUACCUAGCUUCCUCGCAGGACGCGAUGCAAGUCGCGGAGUACCUCUGGAAUAACUUCUUGGGUGGCUCGUCCCCUUCACGUCCUCUCGGCGAUGCAGUUUUGGACGGCAUCGACUUCGACAUAGAGGGAGGCACCAACCAGCACUGGGAUGAACUUGCCAGAUACCUUAAAUCCUACAGCAAGGGCGGAAGGAAAGUUUACUUAACUGCAGCCCCUCAGUGCCCGUUCCCAGAUGCUUGGGUUGGCGGUGCACUUAAUACGGGGCUCUUUGAUUACGUUUGGGUUCAGUUUUAUAACAACCCUCCGUGCCAGUACAAUCAAGGAAAUACUGCAAAUUUCAUGAGCGCAUGGAAGCAGUGGCUAUCGAUUCCGGCGAGGAAGAUUUUCCUCGGGCUUCCGGCCGCACCUCAGGCGGCCGGAAGUGGGUUUGUUCCGGCCGGCGAUCUCACUUCCCAAGUGCUUCCCAUUAUCAAGAAAUCGGGCAAGUAUGGGGGGAUUAUGCUGUGGUCUAAGUACUAUGAUGAUCUCACCGGAUAUAGCUCGGCUGUGAAGAGUCAUGUGUGAAGUACAGAGACCUUGGUGGUAUGGUGCAGCAAAUUUGUAAUUGAAGUCUAUAAUGUAUUAUCCUAUC